ACUCACGAUCACGGCUGUGAGCAUACAUCAACGGAAUAGUUCAUUGGUUCAGGUCAUCGUGGCGUCUCUUUCCGACGCAUGGUCUUUGUAAGCAUGUCGCUAAUGUGUAGUCGAUUUUGUGCAGAAUACAAAGAAAAAGCGCACUAAUACACAUGCAAUCGACUCUAUGGCUGCUGCUACAAACGCAUUAUAUGCUUGACCGCCAUACACAUUUACUCGUGUGUGAAUCCGAUUUUCUCGACUGUAGGGCAUGAUUUUCGAUUUUCAAUCAAUCGUAUAGUCAUUGAAUGUAAAAGAAAACUUUGUUUUGAACUCUUUGGAAGACCGCACUUUAACCGGGAAUAGUGUUUAGUGUGUAAAGAAUUGAAAGCAAUACGCGAUAACGUAUCUAUAUAACGACAGUAGACCACAACGACGAGUGUGGAAAUAUCAAGUAUUUCUCUUUUGGUUGAAGUGUGAACAACAAGAAAAUCGAGCAAAGUGAGCGUGUGUGUUUUUACCGAAAAUGCCUUCGAAAGAUCCAUUGCCGCCAAAAGAAAGUGCACUUUUCAGAAAAAUACUGAAAUGUUACGAAAUGAAACAAUACAAAAAUGGCUUGAAGCUAGCCAAACAAAUUUUGACGAACCCGAAAUUCACAGAACAUGGCGAAACAUUGGCCAUGAAGGGGUUGACAUUGAAUUGCUUGGGCCGCAAAGACGAAGCAUAUGAUCAUGUUCGACGUGGACUGCGCAACGAUUUGGGAUCGCACGUUUGCUGGCACGUAUACGGUUUACUACAACGAUCCGAUAAGAAAUACGACGAGGCCAUCAAAUGCUACCGAAAUGCACUCAAAUGCGAAAAGGAUAACAUUCAAAUUCUACGCGAUUUAUCAUUGCUGCAAAUUCAAAUGCGCGACUUGGAAGGAUACAGGGAGACACGACAUCAACUGUUCAAAUUGAGGCCAUCGCAGCAUGCAUCCUGGAUUGGAUUUGCCAUGAGCUAUCAUUUGCUCGGCGAUUUUGCUACUGCCAAUAGUGUGCUCGAUACAUUUAGGCAAAGUCAAGUGAACGAAACGUACGAUUACAAGCACAGCGAAUUGUUGCUGUAUCAAAAUCAGAUUCUGCAAGAGUCUGGUGAUUUCGAAAAGGCAUUGAAGCACAUUGAGGAGUUUGAGCCGCAAAUCGUAGACAAGCUGGCUGUCAAAGAGAUUACGGGUGAUUUGUGCCUUAAGUUAGGUAAUUUCGAGAAAGCCGCCACGAUUUACGAGGGAUUGAUCAAACGUAAUCCCGAAAAUACAUUGUACUAUGCCAAAUUCAUGGAAGCAAAACGUGUGGAACAACCGGAUGCAAUCACCGAAUUGUAUCGCAAAUUCCAAGCGGACUAUCCACGUGCAAUUUGCCCAAAACGUUUGCCAUUGAACGUUACCAGCGGCGCUCUAUUCCGUGAGCUAAUCGACGAUUUCUUGCGCCGUGGUUUACGCAAAGGUAUCCCACCGCUGUUUGUCAGCCUGCGUUCAAUGUACAACGACGAGGACAAAGUGAAAAUCAUCACCGAAUUGUCGCUCGACUACUAUGUGAAUCUAAAGGAAUCGAAUCACUUCUCGAAAAGCGAUCGUGAAUCGAAUCAACCGACCGAACCGGCCUCUGCACUAUUAUGGACGCUUUACUUUAUGGCUCAACAUUAUGAUUAUUUACGUGACACGGAUAAGGCAUUAGAGUACAUCAACGAGGCCAUCGAUCAUACGCCAACGCUUAUCGAGUUGUUUGUGUGCAAAGGCCGAAUUUAUAAGCAUGCCGGCGAUUUAAUCGAAGCAUUCAAAUGGCUUGAUGAAGCGCAAAGCCUGGACACGGCCGACCGAUACAUCAACUCAAAGUGUGCCAAAUACAUGCUGCGCGCCAAUUUGGUGAAAGAGGCUGAGGAUAUUUGUGCGAAAUUCACGCGUGAAGAUGUGCCGGCCAUGGAAAAUCUCAAUGAGAUGCAGUGCAUGUGGUUCCAAACGGAAUGCGCUCAAGCUUUUCAACGGCUCGAAAAAUGGGGCGACUCAUUGAAAAAGUGCCAUGAAAUCGAUCGUCACUUCUCCGAAAUUAUCGAGGAUCAAUUCGAUUUUCACACGUAUUGCAUGCGAAAAAUGACACUACGUGCAUACGUCGGCUUACUGAGACUGGAAGAUGUACUACGCCAGCAUCCGUUCUAUUUCAAAGCCGCCAAGUGUGCGAUUGAGGUCUAUAUUCGAUUGUACGACAAACCCUUGCCAUCAGAAAAACAAAUUGAGGAACUAGAUACAGAAAAUCUUCCACCAUCUGAGCUGAAAAAGUUGCGAAACAAGCAACGCAAAGCAAAAAAGAAGGCCGAAUUGGAAAAUGCUCAGGCGGCCCAGGCUCAAGUGAAGAAAGAACAGCAUAAUAAAUCGCGUCAGCAAAAUCAAGACGGUGAUCCGGAAGCUCCACAACUUGACGAAUUAAUACCCGAUAAAUUAUCACGUCCGGAUGAUCCACUUGAGCGGGCGAUUGAAUUUUUGAAACCAUUACAAUUAUUAGCCAAAGACUGUAUCGAAACUCAUUUGCUGGCAUUUGAGAUUUAUUAUCGAAAAAACAAACUUCUACUCAUGUUGCAAUCGAUUAAACGUGCUCAAGCCAUUGAACCAACGAAUGCCCAAUUGCAUUUGUGCAUCGUAAAAUUUUCGAAAGUGUUGAAAUCGGUCCCCGAAAACGCUGAACUCAACGAACAUGUGAAAAUUGUACUUGAACGAGAAACCACUAAAAUAUUCAAUGGCAAAUCAGCCGACAAACUAAAUCAAUCGAUAUUAGACAAGUUCGGUAAAUCAAAUGAACACGUUCUCAAUGUGGCCAAAGCGAUGAUCGAACUGGAUUCGAGUAGUAAAGAAAAAGCAAUCAAUUUGAUCAACUCAUUUCCCGUCGAUAAUGUAACAUUGGAGCAAGCUGUGACGGCAUACAACGCAUUAGCUUCGGAAGCGUUUGGCACUAGCGCAGAACAAUUGAAAGCCUACAAGUCAUUGUGUAACAAGCGCUUUCCACACGCAACUAUUUUCCGUGAAAUUCAACCGGUGACGGUUUCGGUGGCCGAAACUGCAGCGCCAGCCUCUUGAGGAACCAGCUACACCUAAUCCAUAGGAAUCAAGACAAAGAUUGAAUUUAAAUUUAACACACACACACACAAACACACACUCGCAACGCAAUAAUUAAAUAAAAAUCAUUUCACACGAUGGAAUCAAAUCAAAGAUUCUAUUUUAUAACAUCCAUUUAUUGCCACAUACCAACAGCCCGCAUUUAUUGCAAUUUAAACAACAACCACACACUCGAUACGAUUAAAACCACAUAGAGUAAAUAUAACGGAUAAAAUCUAAUGAAAAACGAAUCAAUUUACAUACAAUUACGGAAACGUAUUAUAAAAAAACAAAUUUACGUGAAGCAUUACACAAAAAAUACAAUUAAAACUGAAAUUGUAAAAGGAAAUCAAUCUCUUUUUAAACGAAGCAAAAUAAUAUCGGAGUAAAAUGAAUUCAACCAUUUACACAUUUUAAUAAAUUUAACGAGAGAAUAAUAAAAUGGAAGCAAAAUUUUAUUGUAUUGCAUAAUAGAUAUGGAGAAAAUAAAGAAAAUAGCGAAUACUGAGUGGAA